AUGACAAAGGUACACCCAAACACCCGUAGCACCACCGCAUCGCAGCCGCCAAAACCUUUAAAUAGCAGCGAUGGCGAUGCCAGCACCUCGGUGGUCCUCACCGUCUGGAAGAAAUCACUCCUCUUUAACUGCGACGGUUUCACGGUGUUCGACUCCAAGGGAAACCUCGUCUUUCGAGUCGACAAUUACAUGGCCGGAGAUAAAGGAAAAAUUGUUCUUAUGGACGCCUUCGGCAACUCUCUUUUCACCAUCCUCCGCAAGAGAUUGAGCUUGGGGGACAGCUGGUUGGUGUUCGAAGGAGAGAAAGAGGUUAAUCCUAGUUACACAGUGAGAAAACAGGUGAAUUUUCUGCGUGGUAAAUCCCUGGCUCUAGUGACUCCAGGAAGCUGCAAAGAAACAAUUUUAUCGCAAAAUAGAAACAAAGUACUUUACAAGAUUGAAGGAUCGUACACGAAGCGGUGCUGUGCGGUGCAUGACGAAAAGCGGCGGCCAAUGGCUGAGAUAAAGCAGAAGGAGGCCGCCGUGAGAGGAGUUUCUUUUGGAAUGGACGUUUUCCAUCUUAUUGUCCAUUCUGAAUUUGAUUUGGCUUUUGCCAUGGCCUUAGUCAUCCUCCUUGACCAGAUGUUUGGAUCCUCCACCUCGACACGUCGGAAUUGA